AUGGCCCUUGAGGGGGAAAAUGGACCAGUGGCUCCUCAUGAGCAGAAUCCCAGCCCAACACCUAACGUGGAGCCAAAUAAGGGUGAAAAAAAGAUAUCGAAGAAGCAGCAAAAGAAGAUAGAUCUAGAGGAACUGAAGAAGGAGUUGGUCAUGAACGACCACAAAUUAACCUUGGAACAGCUGAGCACCAAGUAUUCCGUGGACCUGACAAAGGGCCUUAGCUCCGAAGAGGCACAGAAAAUCCUGGCUCGAAAUGGACCCAAUACACUUACCCCACCCCCCACCACGCCAGAAUGGGUCAAAUUCUGUAAACAAAUGUUUGGUGGCUUCUCCAUCCUCCUGUGGAUUGGCGCCAUUCUCUGCUUCCUGGCCUACGGCAUCCAGUUAUAUUUUCAUGAGCAAGCUACGAGAGAUAACCUGUACCUGGGCAUUGUGUUAGCUGUUGUGGUCUUCAUCACUGGCUGCUUCUCCUACUUCCAGGAGGCCAAGAGUUCCAGGAUCAUGGAGUCUUUUAAGAACUUGGUGCCUCAGCAAGCUCUAGUAAUUCGAGAUGGAGAGAAGAUGCAGAUCAAUGUAGAAAAUGUGGUGGUGGGAGACCUGGUAGAAGUGAAGGGUGGCGACCGAAUCCCCGCGGACAUCCGGCUCAUCUCCGCACAGGGAUGUAAGGUGGACAACUCAUCCUUGACGGGAGAGUCCAACCCCCAAACCCGCUCCCCUGACUUCACCCACGAGAAUCCUCUGGAGACCAGGAACAUGUGCUUCUUCUCCACCAACUGUGUGGAAGGCACAGCCCGGGGCAUCGUGGUUUCCACAGGAGACUCCACAAUGAUGGGCCGCAUUGCCACCCUGGCCUCCAGCCUGAGAGUUGGCAAGACCCCCAUUGCUGUAGAGAUUGAAUACUUUAUUCAGAUGAUCACCUCACUGGCCGUCUUCCUUGGUAUCGUUUUCUUCACGCUCUCCAUUUUCUUGGGCUACGGCUGGCUGGAGGCUGUCAUUUUCCUUAUUGGCAUCAUUGUGGCCAAUGUCCCUGAGGGGCUGCUGGCCACUGUCACUGUGUGUCUGACCCUGACAGCCCAGCGCAUGGCGAAGAAGAACUGCCUGGUGAAGAACCUGGAGGCGGUGGAGACGCUGGGCUCCACCUCCACCAUCUGCUCUGACAAGACGGGCACCCUCACCCAGAACCGUAUGACCGUCGCCCACUUGUGGUUCGAUAAGACCAUCUAUGAGUCCGACACGAGUGAAGAACGCCUUGCGCAUACAUUUGACAAGAGCUCCGAUACCUGGCCUAUCCUGGCCCGAAUCGCUGGCCUCUGCAACCGGGCUGAGUUUAAGGCUAAUCAGGAGGACAUUCCGAUAGCUAAGCGGACAACAGCAGGGGACGCUUCUGAGUCAGCCCUCCUCAAGUUCAUCGAGCAGUCCUACUGCUCCGUGAAGGAGAUGAGAGAGAGAAGCCCCAAGGUGGCAGAGAUCCCCUUUAAUUCUACCAACAAGUAUCAGAUGUCCAUCCACCUUCGGGAAGACAGUUCCCAGGCCCAUGUGCUGCUGAUGAAGGGGGCUCCUGAGAAGAUCUUGGAGUUUUGCUCUAGUUACGUUCUGAAUGGGCAGGAGUACCCACUGGACAGUGACAUGAAAGAAGCCUUCCAAAGUGCCUACAUGGAACUGGGAGGUCUGGGGGAACGCGUGCUAGGGUUCUGCUACUUGAACCUGCCUAACACUUUCUCCAAGGGAUUCAAGUUUAACACAGAUGAAAUCAACUUCCCCAUGUCCAACCUUUGCUUCGUGGGGCUGAUAGCCAUGAUCGACCCUCCCCGCGCGGCAGUGCCCGAUGCAGUGAGCAAGUGUCGCAGCGCAGGGAUCAAGGUGAUUAUGGUGACAGGGGAUCAUCCCAUCACAGCCAAGGCCAUUGCCAAGGGUGUGGGCAUCAUCUCAGAAGGUAAUGAGACCGAAGAGGACAUUGCUGCCCGGCUCAAGAUCCCUGUCGACCAGGUCAAUAGCAGGGAUGCCAAAGCCAUUGUGAUACAUGGCUCAAAACUAAAGGAUCUGAACUCAGAACAGCUUGACAAUAUCCUCCAAAACCACACGGAGAUUGUGUUCGCUCGGACCUCCCCGCAGCAGAAGCUCAUCAUUGUAGAGGGAUGUCAGAGGCUGGGGGCCAUCGUGGCGGUGACGGGCGACGGGGUGAACGACUCCCCGGCGCUGAAGAAGGCGGACAUCGGCAUCGCCAUGGGCAUCGCUGGCUCCGACGUCUCUAAGCAGGCAGCUGACAUGAUCCUGCUGGACGACAACUUCGCCUCCAUCGUCACGGGCGUGGAGGAGGGCCGCCUGAUCUUUGACAACCUGAAGAAAUCCAUCGCGUACACCCUGACCAGCAACAUCCCCGAGAUCACGCCCUUCCUGUUCUUCAUCAUCCUCAGCAUCCCCCUGCCUCUAGGCACCAUCACCAUCCUCUGCAUCGACCUGGGCACUGACAUGGUCCCUGCUAUCUCUCUGGCUUAUGAGACAGCUGAGAGUGACAUCAUGAAGCGGGCUCCACGGAAUCCAAAGACUGAGAAACUGGUGAACGACCGUCUCAUCGGCAUGGCCUAUGGACAAAUUGGGAUGAUUCAGGCUGUGGCUGGAUUCUUUACGUACUUUGUGAUUCUGGCUGAAAAUGGUUUUAAGCCUAUUGAUCUGCUGGGCAUCCGCAUCAACUGGGAAAAUCGAUACUUCAAUGAUCUGGAGGACAGCUAUGGACAGCAGUGGACCUACGAGCAGCGGAAGGUGGUGGAGUUCACCUGCCAGACGGCCUUCUUUGUCAGCAUCGUCAUCGUGCAGUGGGCCGACCUCAUCAUCUGCAAGACCCGCCGCCUCUCAGUCUUCCAGCAGGGCAUGAAAAACAAGAUCCUAUUGUUUGGCAUCCUGGAGGAGACAUUCCUGGCUGCCUUUCUGUCCUAUACUCCAGGCAUGGACGUGGCCCUGCGAAUGUACCCCCUCAAGGUACUCUGGUGGUUCUGUGCCACUCCCUACAGCCUUCUGAUCUUCGUCUAUGACGAAAUGAGGAAACUCACCAUUCGUACUCAUCCUGGAGGCUGGGUGGAAAGGGAGACCUACUACUAAACUCAGAAGAGGA